AUGCCUGGAUGGGGAGAUGGUUAUCGUGGUGAUAGUAGAAACAUUUUUUGUCACUCAGGAAGUGGCAAAUCAUACGGUCCACUUUUUACUAUGGAGAUAUCACGAAAUGGAUCUGUUGAAAUAAAUUUUGGAUGUCAAAGUUUUAGUUAUAAAACGUUCACUGAUUAUGAUAUUGAAGAUGAAAUUUUACAAAAGAAUUUAAAUAGGGCUCUAGAUAUGCGUAAUUAUGAAUCGUUAA